GAAAUAGUUAAAUACAUAAUUGUUAAGUUGAUUCUUAAGUCACAAUAAAUAGAUAAAUAUAGGUUAAUUGUUGUGUACAAAAUCAAGAGAGAGAGAGAGAUAGAGUGGAUAAUGACACAACAAAGACGUGAGUCUCCUAAUUCCUACUAAUCAGAUAAACCAAAAACAUGCCUCUCUGCAAUAACUUCUCCGGCAGUCUCGCCGUUGCCGUCGCUCUCCUCUUUUUCGGUGUUUUAUAUAUCUUCAAUCUUCAAAACCAUGCCAACAACUCUCUGAGAAGCACCGAGUAUCCGAUGGAUGAGCUAGAAGCGGCGCUGGUUAGGGCAGCUGCAGGAAACAACAAGACGGUUAUAAUAACGAUGGUGAACAAAGCGUACGUGGAGGAUGUCAGGAGAGGCAGGUCGAUGCUGGAUCUGUUUUUGGAUAGCUUUUGGGAAGGAGAAGGGACUCUGCCGCUUUUGGACCACCUGAUGGUAGUGGCAGCGGAUCAGACUGCCUAUGAUCGGUGCCGUUUCAGGAGGCUUCACUGCUACAAGAUGGAGACCGAUGGGGUUGACUUAGAGGAAGAGAAACUAUUCAUGUCAAAGGAUUUUAUUGAGAUGAUGUGGCGAAGGACUCGCUUGCUCCUAGACGUUCUUCGCCGUGGUUACCAUGUUAUUUUCACCGACACGGACGUAAUGUGGCUGAGGAGUCCCUUGUCUCGGCUAAACGAGAGCUUGGAUAUGCAAAUAAGCGUGGACCGUAAUGGCGUGGGAGGACACUUGAUCAACACGGGAUUCUACCACGUCCGGUCCAACAACAAGACCAUCUCCCUCUUCCAGAAGUGGUACGACAUGAGGCUCAACUCAACUAGCAUGAAGGAACAAGACGUCCUCCAGAAUCUCCUAGACUCCGGCUACUUCGACCAGCUUGGCCUCACCGUUGACUUCCUCAACACCAACGAAUUCAGCGGUUUCUGCCAAGACAGCUCUGACAUGAGCGCUGUGACAACCGUUCAUGCCAACUGCUGCCGCCACAUCCCUGCCAAGGUCUUUGAUCUCACUCGUGUGCUUCGUGAUUGGAAACUCUACAAAACCUCACAUGUCAAUAGCAAAUGGAGUCCCCAUGUUAAGUGCUGGCGUUCAUGGAAUGACUGAAUCUGUAUGACACCUCAAUGCUCUGACCCUCUUCGUUUAUAAUACAUAACCAAACAUUUAUGAGAUUGCUUGUAUUAGAAAACUUUGACUUGGACAUCACUACAUCAAAUGUCUUAAAAACGCUGUCGUUUUUCUACCAACCUAUCUCUCUCUUCUUUGUCAUUAUGGAAACAGAGUUUACUAUAAUUGACUCGGAAAGUUUCAAUCUU